AUGACUCAAGAAACACACGAAGCGCCUCCAACGUUCGAACCUGUUCACACACUUGAGCUCGUUUCCGUAAACGACAGCAAGAUCAUCGGAGUCUCGGUUUACUCUGGACGGGCGGAGGUUACUCGUCUUUUCUCGUUCAGUGUUCAUACGGGCCAAAACCAGGUUAACAUUUCUGGACUGCCCAAUGUCCUCGAUCAAGAUUCGUUUAGAGUCGAGGGCCGCGGUGCUGCGACAAUCCACGACGUCACUAUAUCCACCAUCAUCCCACCACCAAUUCCGACAACUUCCACAGAGCUAAAAGCUCUCGAACUGAAGCGUACACAGACGGAAAAGGCUCUUCAGAGGUCUCGAAAAGCCAUUGCUUCACUCGAGACUUACCUUGGCAGUGUCAACGUAGAACACGUCGCCAUCACCGCAUUGGGGGAAGUCGUCGGAAGCUACGAAUCUACAUGCGAAAAGCUUGAUGACCAGGUCACCGAACUGGAGCAGCAGCUUGUUGAUUUGAACAAGGCCAUCGAGGUUGAGCGCAAGAAGCUGUCCGGUCCGACUGGGAAUAACAAGCUGAAUCUCAAGGCGUCGAUUGGGGUGUUUGCCGACCAUGAGGAUGACGUAGAGAUUGCGCUCAUCUACGCCGUCAACAGUGCGACGUGGAGUGCUGGUUAUGAUAUUCGCGUCGACAUGCAGACGAAGGAGAAGCCUAUCACGUUGAUAUACAAGGGGGCUAUCACCCAGAACACCGGAGAGGAUUGGAACGACAUCCCAUUAACUCUGGAAACAGCCACCCCGACGUUUGGUGUCGGCGUCCCUUCUCUCAUUCCUUGGACCCUUUCAAUAUACCGUCCGCCAGUUGUGAGAUCGAAAGGAAAGAGAUUUGGUAGAGGUGGAACAUCUUUGGCUGCCUCUUCAGCCGUGGCCUAUCGACUGAGCAGUCGACGCAGUCCAAUGAGUCGGCGCAGUACAUCUUCGGACGAAGAUGAAGAGUCUCGCGCCAGCCCAAUGGAAUAUCGGGGUCUUGCCGUCUCUUCCAAGGGAAACAUCAGCGCUACUUUCACCGUCCCCGGGACCAUCACGAUUCCCAGUGAUGGAGUUGCCCAUAAUGUCACCAUCGUGCAGUUGAGUCUUGACUCUACGAUGUCUUGGGUGUCUGUUCCCAAAGUGGACGCGAAGACACAUCUUAAUGCCAAGAUCAAAAACGCAUCUGAAUACACCCUCCUAAGUGGCCCUGCCAGCGUAUACGUCGAUGGAAGCUUUAUCUCCCGCUCUGACGUACCCGCCGUAAGCCCAGACGAGAGUUUCGAUUGUCCAUUGGGCCUGGACCCCUCCAUUCGAAUCACCUACCACCCCCGAGUGAAAAAGGUCUCUCAAAGCGGGUUCUACACCAAGACAACAAACUACGUCUUCUCGCAGCGCAUCACCAUCUUCAACACAAAAUCCACCGCAGUCGACAACGUCAAAAUCAUAGACCAGGUGCCCGUAUCGGAAGACUCCCUGAUCACAGUCAAGCUGGUCAGCCCGGCCUUGGUAGCGCCGUUUUCAGAGUCGAAGACGUUGAGCGGUGGGGAGCUGAAGGUGCCGCCGCCGGUCAAGGUUAGCCCUGGGGUUGUCGUGCAAUGGGAUGGUGCGGAUGAACCUGGUAAUGAUGUAGAAGGUUUGGGUAAGGAUGGGAAGUUUUAUUGGGUGUGCUCGGUGCCUUCGCAGGGCAAGGUUAACCUGGUGUUGCAGUGGGAGGUGACUGCCCCUGUGAGAACAGAUAUCGCUGGAUUGUACUAA